AUGAAAUUUACGCUGCUCCUUUUUUGCAUAUUUGCCUAUCUGCUAUUGUUCUUCGUCGCUGGAUCAAGCAGUGGAGUUGCAAACCUUUGCGAGGAAGGAAAAUUUUUUGAUUCAUCGAAGCAAAAGUACAAGUCAUGCCUCGAGUGCAAAUCCGACAUGCAGGAGUGCUAUUCGUGUUGUCAAACCGAGGUCCAUGGUAAGAAUAUGAAAAUCAGUUCAAUGUUUGUUAUGUCAAGCUAGAAUUUAAAUUUAAAAGUCUUGAAUCUGCCGGCAUCAGCAACGUCUAAAAAAGACGUGAUAGCUAUUCUCGUAAUGACCCAACCAAUAUUCAUUAGGAAAAAAUGGUUCGAGAUUGGAAAGUAGAAAGUCGCUUAUGAAUGCUCGUUUUAGAAAAUUAAUAACUGUCAUUAGCUAAACCGAAGCAAAUGGAUUAUGGUUCUUCCUUCCUAAACAAGGGAGAAUUUAGUGUACACGAAAUAAGUUUCAUAUCAAUUCCUCUCCAGAAAAUCUUCGUAUUCUUGUGGCUUUUAAUUUAUCGCCCUAUUAAAGGUAGUGCACAUCGCUUUUCCAAAUUAAGCGGUUUCUAGCAGAUUUCGUGAUUUUAUGCAUAAUUAAACUGACAAAAUCAAACUCAUUUACAUACCCCUGUAUUAUCCAACGGUUUUGUCUCUCUCCCCCGGUUGGUUUUUCAGAUUGAUCCCGAACACAAUCAGCUUUUCAAUUCAGAUAUGAAAGAACAUAAUCUUUUCCCAUGGAUUGAAAAAAAAAGAGAAUAAUGCAGAUGUACAGAUUAGAAAUGUGAAGAAAACUUUUAAACCCGAUUUAAUGUAAUGAAAACAUCAGCAGGUACUGUAAACAUGCAAACAGAAACAACGCUUUGCGCGCCUCUUGGAAAAUCUGGAUGCCCUUAAAAUGCUUCCUCUUCUUUCCCAAAUAUGCAAAGAAAUAUAUCCUUAAUUUAAAAAGAAAAACUGACAAUUUGCGAGGAAACGACCUCGUCGGAGUACUUCACGAGAGAUUUUUUCGCGUCAUGAUAAUUAUUUCCUCACUGUUAACAACUAUUGCCGGAUUACCGACAUUACUGACGCGGUACUUGGUCGAUCGAUAUAGCUGAGUACGCACUGAGUUUAAACUUUAAUUAAGGGAAACCGAUAAUUUGCUGGAGAAGUAAUUUUUCUUGAUUUGGUCAAAUAUCGAGCGCCUCGUGCAGGUUGGACUGCAGGAAUGGACAACUGACAAGUGUUGGUUCUUGCGCGCGCGGGAAAACAGAAAAAGGAUAUACCCCUUCCUCUCUCUCGGUUUUUUUCUUUUUUUUAAGGUGACUAAGUCUUUUAGAUUCAUAUGAAUUGGACAGUAUAUCGAAGCUUCCACUAUCAGACGAUCUCAACACUUUUUGCCGUAGUGUCGGAUUUCUACACGCUAAGUAAACAUGAUAAUGUAACGUUGAUACAGUCGCCAAAAUAGCCAUUUGUUCGGUGAACAUUGUCCCUUAGACCCUGAUCACGCAUCUCUCCCAGGGUUUUUUAUUCUCAAAAUCUUACUGAGGCUUCAAGGUCUCUUGAUCUAUGGUCUGAGAAGCAUGCCACUGUCCCGUGAUGAUUUUAUCAUAUCCAGUCUAAUUUUAGUAUCCCUAAAUGGCGAUUUAUGAAUUGAAAAAAAGUACCCCUUCCGCGCCCCCCCCAAACUCCCUCCGAAGUCUAAAUAAUGUAUAGUGUUUGUUGAAACGCGCGCGCGAAAGAAAGGACGCAAUUAGCCCUAGAAUAUUCACUCUUUGGCGCAGGCCUGAUAUAGUUUCUGCGUUAUAGAAAUCAAGCAUCGCAAACACCUCCUACGCUCUCUUUUCCAGACAGACUCUCUUACUUGAAAAUACAGUCUGAGCCAAGAGGCCAUGAACUCGGAGUUUUCUCUUAGGAAAUAUCCAAGGAAAGAAAGCCACGGGUGAAACGCGAUCGAGAUGAAAUGCGAUAGCGAGGAACAUCGAUCAAUCUAACAUAAAAAUUCAAAAAUUAUUCCUUUCCUAUAGUUUACGGACCAAUCAUUAUUUAUCAUUUAUUUAUUAAUAAAUGCUGCUCUGUUACUUGAGGUGGAAAUGGUAGAAUGGUAAGGUGGGUCUGUUUUCCUUUUUUUGUUUUGUUUUUUUCAACGCCGGGGGUGAGGAAAAACAGCUUUUUUUAAUCCUCAUUCCCUAAUACUUUCAUUAUUUCCUUUACAAAUAAAGGAGGUGAAAAAAAUAACUCGAGCACUCCAAUCCUACGUCAUCAAGUGACAGAUAAACCCGGUUUGCAUGAUGGGAAACCUCGAGCCGCUGAAGGAGACAAGUCUCUUCCGAACAUCUUCGUGGUAUCCACAAUUAGUGUGUUCCUUAUCAGCUCCUUGUUGGUUCUCGUGCUUGUCGUUAUCCGAUCCUCUCUUGAACGCCGCGUUGAAGCAAGAGAAAGUACGAGCAUGAGUAGACAGUCCCAGCAGUCUAGUCCAGUUAUAGAGAUCGUGACAACGCAUGCGCAACUGCUGGUACAAAGGGAUGACGCGAAUGAAGGAGACGCCGCUAAUGAAGGAGACGUAGCCAGUGAAGGAAAUGUUCGACUGGACAAUACAUACUACGUGGAUGCAGUUAUGUGUCGAUAAUUUUUAAAUCAGAGCCGAAAGGAUAUGGAAAGUAACUGAUUAGAAAUUAUAUAAGAUUUGUUUUUCUUCGCUUAGGUUUGUAAGAAAACUUGCGCCAUACUUCCACCUAAUUUAUAUCCAAUGAAAUAUUUGAAAAAACCAGUCGCAACUUGCGCGCUCGCAUUUUCCCGUUUGGUGGGGAUCACAUGGUGUUCAGUGGGAACGAAUGGGGGAAUCAGUCAAGUCAUCACCUAUCAUAGAGUACAGGGGCGAUAAACAAAGGCCUGUCCCUUGGUCUGUUCUUAUUUAUGGUAAGUUCGCUUAAUUCACCUUCGUAACUACUGUGACGAAAGAUUUGGCCUUUUGGUAGUUGUCAUCGGUACACAAAGUAAAUUGUGUGCAGCUUUGUGGGUCGGUAACAAAGACAGCUGAAAAGAUGCCCACUGGGAUGAUAAUUCUGCAUUUGAGACACUAAAGCUCAGGUUUCCUAGUAUUAUGAUUUAUGUCUUUUUGACUUUUAAUACCGCAACUGCUUUUUAGCAUGUCACGCAACGAUGUGACUCGU